ACGAAACUUUCUCGGCCUUGGAUCUGUACGUAAUCUGUUGAACGUUUUUCUCGGUGUGGAAUUUGUGUAGCUUCAGCAUCAACUGAUUUUAAUUUCGUUUCCGACUAAUCCGUUUUACUCAUCAUAAAAUGACUGGCCGAGGAAAAGGUGGCAAGGUUAAAAGUAAAGCCAAGUCUCGCUCCAGUCGAGCUGGACUUCAGUUUCCUGUGGGGCGCAUUCAUCGUAUGCUCCGGAAGGGAAAUUACGGGGAACGUAUUGGCGCUGGAGCUCCAGUUUAUCUGGCUGCUGUUCUAGAAUAUUUGGCUGCAGAAGUACUCGAAUUGGCUGGAAACGCGGCACGAGAUAACAAAAAGACUCGCAUUAUUCCGCGACAUCUGCAGUUGGCCAUCAGAAACGAUGAAGAGUUGAACAAACUCCUGUCAGGAGUCACAAUCGCACAAGGUGGUGUAUUGCCAAAUAUUGCGCCAACAUUGUUGCCGAAGAAAACAGGAGGUCCAGAAAGCAGCGGCGGAGGUGAACGUGGUGAAGGAUCAGCGAAGCCGAAAGUCAAGAAGAGUGGCGGAGAAGCGCGUUCAGAGGCUCAAGAAUCUUGAUACCCGUAAACGCACGGUACAUUGAUUUUGAUUUCAUUGGAGUGCGUAGUAUGCUUGCACAUGCUCUUAAUUAUCCACGCUAAAAAUUCGCUAAAUAUUAUCUACCCUGGAAUGGAAUGUCCCGGCUUUUUAGCUUUUAUUGGAGAAGCGAGCUUGAUUGGCUGCUUGUGGUUUUUAUAAAUUUACAGAUAAUGUAAA